AAGAUGCUUUAAAGGAGACAGCAGUAGAUGAUUGGCAGUGUUUAACUAUAGAAAAAAUGGAGAACAAGACUACUCCAUUAGAUGUCAGUCUCCCUAAAGAGGAGGCUGCAGAGACUGUGGAUAAGGUUGUUCAACCUAAAGCUGGGCUUGAUGCAUUCAAAUUAGGCCUAAAGAAGCUAGAAAAGGAAGCCUCUGAGAUGUCAUCUAGCUUGAACCUAAAAGAAAACAUUUUGAAAGAGACAACUUUUCACUCAAAUCAGUGCAGGGUUUUUGAAAGAACAGUAGAACAGAGCCAUGACAUUUCUUCUGCUGAUCAAAAAAAAGAAAUAAACAAAAGCUUAGGGAAAAUGUAUGUGCUAUCAGUAGAUGAUUAUGAAAACAAAAAAGGGCCCAGGAAACUGUUUAGGGAAUUUGAACCUUCCUGUCUACAACAUCAGGCAGCAGACAAUGUUCUUACUCUUGAGGGUUCUCAGAGGCCUCAAGCUGGUUUUCAGAACCUGCUCAGAGAAACCUUUACAUCUCAACCUUUUAAGUAUAGGAGGGUGGGAAUGAAAACAUCAGAUGACACAAAUAGUAUAUCACAAACUAAUCGCAGCAUAGAAUUGACAUGCCAGGAAGAUAGUGGUCAGCCUGAAGAGGUCAAUGAGAUCAUAGAAAAGUCUCUUGCACCAUCCAAGGUCUGUGGCUUAAGUUCUGCUUUAGAGAAGCUGCUGAAGGAAGUCUCCGAAACGCCACCUCCUAAGCCAAAACGUGCCAUUAGCACAGUACCGAGGCCUGCUGAGAUGGAAGUUAAAAGCACAACCUAUAAACACGAUGGAGACUUGCUGCAGGAAAUCAGUGAGACCAUAGAAAAAUCUGUUGCCCCAUCCAAGGUCAGUGAUUUGAGUUCUGCUUUAGAGAAACUGCUGGAGGAGGCCUCUGAAACACCACCUCCUGAACCAAAACAUGCCAUUAGCAUGGUACCGAGGCCUGCUGAGAUGGAAGUUAAAAGCACAACCUAUAAACACGACGGAGAUUUGCCACAGGAAAUCAGUGAGACUAUAGAAAAAUCUGUUGCCCCAUCCAAGGUCAGUGGCUUGAGUUUUGCUUUAGAGAAACUGCUGGAAGAGGCCUCAGAAAUAUCACCGCCUAAACCAAAAUAUGGCAACAGCUUUGCACAGAGAACUGCUGAGGUGGAAGUUAAAAGCAUGACCUGUGAGCAUGAUAGAGAGUUACUGCAGGAAAUAAGUGAGACCAUAGAAAAGUCUGUUGCCCCAUCCAAGGUCAGUGGCUUGAGUUCUGCUAUAGAGAAGCUGCUGGAGGAGGCCUCUGAAACACCACCUCCUAAACCAAAGCGUGCUGACAGCACAGUAUGGAGGCCUGCUGAGGUGCAAGUUAAAAGCAUGACCUGUGCGCGUGAUAGAGAGUUGCUGCAGGAAAUCAGUGAGACCAUAGAAAAAUCUGCAGUGUUCAAGGCUGAGUAUGAAGUAUUUGAUGUUAAUUUGCAGAAGCUACAGAAAGAGAUUUCUGAAACACCAGCUUCUGUGCUGGAAAAUAUGGAUAAGAAAAUGCAAGGUAAAAUAGGGACUUGUCAAAGUGUACGUGCUCCACAUCAACAAGAGAGAGAUCCUCCUCAGGAAAUACAAGAAAUAAUAGAAAAAACUUCUGUUUCAAAUAUUGCAAAAUUCAGUGAAUUCAGUAGCUCUUUAGAAAAGCUUCUUCAAGAAGCAUCUGAAGCUUCAUCUCCAAUAUCUAGAGAGUUACAUAAACACGAGAAGUUUGGGGAUCAUACAUUUCCAGCACAAAAAGAUAUUUUAUUUGUGUCAAUGUCACAGCCAUAUGAUGCUAUACGUAGCUAUCAUACACAGAUGAGAAUAUAUAUCAAAAAGGGAGCUCCAGAACAAAAUAUCAAAGCCUCUGUGAAUGAUCUUGCAGUAAGUGAAACUAAAGCUUCUGAUCUUCCUAAAAGAAAUGGAGCUAUUAAUAAAAAAGAAAAGAGAAACUUAGCUCCCAUUGAUCAUCUUCCCUUGGAAGGAGAGACCAGCAUGACUGCAAUCAAGUCAUUCAAGAUAAAUGAAAAAGGAAGGGGAGAUGAAAGCACAUACUUGGAUGCUUCUGAAAAUAAUCCGGAAUUUAAAGCACUGUUGAAAUUCAGAAGAACAAGCACACCACUUAAAGCUGAGAGCAACUUCCCCCAGCCAGAAGGAGCUCAACUCUACCUAAUGUCUCAGCAUGAGGAUAAUGAUGAAGAGGAAGAGGAUGGCUCAAAUUUGGGAUCCAAGUUCUCAAAUGAAAACUCUGAGUCUCACUCUGGAACCAGAAGCUCAAUCCGUUCAGAAGAAGAAUUAAACCCUGUUUUGAUGGCUUUGAAAAGGAGUGCAGAUAGGAAAAUGCCUUCCAAAAGUCUAGAGGACAUUCCAUCAGCCACCUCAAAUAAAGGAAAAAUAAAUAAUCCAAAGGAAGAAUUAGCUCUUAGUGCUGAAGAUGGUCCGAAACCUGAUCAGCAUCAAGAGGGGAAUGAAAACGCAGCAGGAAUUUCCACAGUGCCUUCACAGCCUGAUAAGCUAUUUUCCAAUCCUGAAAAACUCAAAGGACUGAGCAAGUCAGUACCAUCAUUCCUACAGGAAGAGAGUGAUGACAGAGAGACAGAUACAGCAUCAGAAAGCAGUUACUCCCUUGGCAGAAUCAAGAAGAGUCCCAGCUCUCUAACCAAUCUUAGCGGCUCUUCUGGCAUGGCCUCCUUAUCCUCUGUGAGCGGAAGUCUGAUGAGCAUCUAUAGCGCAGACUUCGGCAAUGUGGAUGUGAAGGGGAACAUUCAGUUUGCUAUUGAUUACGUAGAGCAGCUGAAUGAGCUCCACAUUUUUAUUUGCCAAUGUAAAGACUUGGCAGUGGCAGAUGUUAAGCGACAGCGUUCAGACCCGUAUGUAAAGACCUACCUGCUUCCAGAGAAAUAUAAGCUGGGCAAACGGAAGACUUCUGUCAAAAAGAAAACCUUUAAUCCAGUCUAUAAUGAAAUACUGCGGUAUAAAAUUGAGAAGGAUCUCCUAAAGAACCAAAGCCUUAAUAUCUCUGUCUGGCAUAAUGAUACCUUUGGGAGGAAUAGCUUCCUUGGUGAAGUGGAGCUGGAUUUAGGAACUUGGGACUGGAAUGAUAAAUCCAACAAGCAGAUCAACUGGUUUCCACUCAAGCCAAGGACUUCGACAAUGGUUCUUAACCUAGAAAACAGAGGGGAGAUGAAACUAGCUCUCCAGUAUGUCCCACACCCUGUCGGAGGAAAGAAGACUCUACCUACUGGUGAGGUCCACAUCUGGGUGAAGGAAUGCCAUGACCUUCCUCUUCUGAGAGGCAACAGGCUCAACUCUUUUAUUAAGUGUACCAUUCUUCCAGAUACUAGCAGAAAAAGUCGCCAGAAGACAAGAACAGUGGCAAAAACUACAAACCCAGUAUUCAACCACACCAUGGUCUAUGAUGGCUUUAGACCAGAAGAUUUGAAAGAAGCAUGCAUAGAACUCACAGUCUGGGAUCACAACAAACUAGCCAACCACUUUUUAGGAGGUCUCAGGAUAGGCCUUGGAACAGGGAAAAGCUAUGGGACUAUAGUAGACUGGAUGGAUUCUACUUCAGAUGAAACUGCUCUUUGGGAGAAGAUGAUAAACUCGCCGAACACCUGGAUAGAAGAUACGCUACCUCUCAGGAUGCUAAUGGUUGCAAAAUUGACAAAAUAAGGUGGCUCUUUAAUUGCUAGUGUCAAAAAUAAACUGUGGGAAUGAAAUUAAAUGUGUGGUAGUGAAACUUGGAAGAAGAACAUAAUAGCUCUUUUGAAAGUCUCUGCUCCAUUGCUGUUCUGGUUUUGUGCUGUCAAAUGUCACUUGGUAUUUCUAAUUAAACUUCUGCCUGCAGAUUAUUACAUAAGUUUAAGGGAUUCUUUAAUUUCUUAAUCACUAAAAAUGACUUCAGGAAGGAAGGCACUCAGAAUUCAGUGGUAGAGGUAGCUGUGAUACCUGGAUGCUGGUGUUGCCUAGCUGAAGCGUUGCUGAUCCCUUAAAUAAUCUGAAUUACUAGCAAAAAUAAAGAGCAGCUCAACUCUUUCUGCACACUUCUGUUGUUCAUUAAGUGUUAUUAACAAGACAGCAACAGGCUAUAUUUUGUUUGUGUUCAUUAGUAUGUGUUUGUAUCCUCAUUAUGUUGUGUUGGAUCUCUCCAGUGAGAAAUAUGUGCAUGAAGAGGGUUUUUUUUAAAGUCCCUUUAUUUGUAGUUGUACACUUCUAGGACAUGAAAGAAGCAUUACAUGAAGUGGUACUGUCGGUGUUUGUUCUGUUCUGCAGGGUCCAGAGGACUGUUAGUUCCAAUGUACUAUAAAAAUUCAGGGUUAUAAAAAAUUUUGCUUAUCUAUGUGUUAAUGUCUUGCUAGUAUACAGUCCUUACUCUUAAAUGCUGAAGGUGUAGAGAUGAAACUUUUUUUUUUAUUCAAAUGUUACUCUAAAGGAUCUAAACCUGCCCAUUUUAGUGCUGACAAGUAUGUUGGGUAUUUAUUCUGUAAAGUGUACUCGUCUGUGUCUGUAACCAUUAGGUUUUUUGUUUUGUUUUGUUUUUUUUUUUCAAAAAGUAAUUUAUCUGUGCUUGAGCGCCACCAUUAGGAGGGAUUAUGGUGGUCUUGCUUUAGAUAGCUUUGCAGCGUAGGAAAUAAGGCUGGAAUUUGUAACUUGUAGAAAUGCAUGCUACUAAAGACAGGUAAAUGCAUAAAAAUACGAAGUGUAUUACUUUUUUUAAGUAAAAGCAGCCUAUUAAAUCUAAAUAGGGAUUAGUGUUUAUUAAAAUCCAGUGUUUUAUGUUAGCAAUUCAGCAUGCAAUAUAACGAAAUGGAGAGAAAAAACAUUUCUGAAAAUAAAUGCACAUUUCUUUGCUCCAGCUGUGUAGGUCUAAGAGCUGGUGACAUCUUGCACCUCGGAGUAGAGAGGAGAAGCAAGCUUCCCACAGCUCCAACUCAACCGUUUAAUUUAAUUAUAGAAAUUUUAAAUGCUACUUGGUAUUUAUUACACAUUAUGAAUUGGAAAAAAAGAAAGGUGCUAUUCAACCUGCCAGGGAACCCAAUUUCAUCAGUGAGGCAGGCUGUGGAGUUUACAAAUGCCAAAAGUCAUUGUCAGUCUUGAUCUCUUGCUGCUUCAGGUGUUUUGGAUGAGAUGGGUGACUGCUACAGAUUCCUGUUUGCCAGGUAGAUACAAAACAGUCUUAAACUAGGGAACAAUGUGCAUGUGACACUUCAGAAAAAUGCAUCUGUACUUAGGGGACACAGAGCUACUUUGCUUCUGUAUUUGUAAUCAGCCGCUCCUGGAAGGGUGGUGAUUCUGGGAAAGCAGAGAGGCACCCAGCCUGCUCGUAUUCACUGCCUAGAUGAACUCAUUUUCACCUGACAAGGUAGGUUGCUGUCAACACUUCACAGGAUUAACGUCUUUGUUGUGGUGUUUCCCAUGAAACUCAAAUACAUCGCUAUGUCAAAAUAGCUUUGGGGAUGGGGUCUUGAGGCUCUCAGUGUGCAGGCAAGUGUCACGUAACCUGCUGUGUUCUAUACUGUACAGAAUUUUGAUAGCUAAACUUGACUGCCAUCAAAAUAAAAUAAAUGGUUUGUGA